GAUAAACUGCUAUGAAGAGUCUUUUAUAUACUUCUUCACUUGUGAAAAGUGAUUAAAAGUAGCAAUUUGCCUUGAUUGGAAGAAAGGAUACGGACCUAGAGGCAAGCUGUGGAAGUACUGUGCUUGGAUGGCUAUGCUACAGGGAUGAUACUGCAAAAAAAAAAAAAUGGAUUGCCAUUAUCCGCUUCGUUGAUUUAUUUUAUAGGCCCACAAAUGUGCAUCAGCAAGCAGAUCCAAAGAUUCACAGCAUAUUUAUUUAUCAAACAAGCAGUAAGAUCAUAUGAACACUUAAAUUGAUUUUCACAGUUUAUUUCUGGCUAUACUAUCCACUUCCUUGAAAAGGCAUGGAUGCGAACUCAAUACCACAGAUUAAUAUAGAGGACUAUGAUGGCCUUGAGGUUGCCCCAGAUGAUCACCUGAGAACCUUGAAAGCACUGACUGAGAAGUUAAGACUUGUAACCAGAAGGCCAUCGUAUCUUGAGUGGAUGGCACGAGUAGAAGUUCAAAGCUCGAAAGGCUUACUGGUUUCAGACGGAUCAUCAGAGCAGGAGAAAGAUGCCCAGCUGAAGCCCAGUGGAACACCUCAGAAGAACAACCAGAAUUCUGAAGUGACUGCAGGAAGCAAAUCGGCAUCUACAAGCCUGGGACAAUUUGAAAAUAUUGAAGAGGCUCUUGUUUGGCUUAGAAAAGAACUGAAGGAAAUGCGCCUUCAGGACCAGCAGUUGGCCCACCAGCUCAUGCGACUACGUGGUGACAUCAACAAACUCAAAGUCGAGCAGACAUGUCACCUGCAUCGCCGAAUGCUCAACGAUGCCACAUUUGGCCUGGAGGAGCGCGACGAGCUAUCAGAUCUUAUGUGUGAUGGACCUGUCACUCCGGGAUUUGGCCUUUCUUCACCACUGCGUCUCAUUGGUGUCACAAAGAUGAACAUCAACUCCAGACGGUUCUCCCUUUGCUAGUGGAGACAAAUGUGAGGUUGUAACAAUGCUAUAAAUAUUUAAAAAGCGAAGAGCAAGAUGAAAUCAAUAUACUGACUGACUCAAUUGCAAAAAAGAAAGUGUGACGGAAAAGGGACUACUCCGGUAGAAGAAAGGUUUGAGUAAAUAAUCUUUGACUGAAUAAUAAAGUGUUUUGGAACUUAAGAGAAGAUGACCUACCACAGAACAUCCUGUGCCUCGUUCUCCAUGUAGUUGUGCUGGUGAAACCACUUGGAUUGAUCAAAUAAUCAAAUAAAUAUUUCACCCAUUACCCGCUCUAUGCCUUAGAUACAGUCCUUGUCAUGAGCCUGUUUAUUUCUUACAACAAACAGCCUUAAAGGGAUAUUUCUCCCAAAAUUUUACAUUUUCAUAAUUUACUCACCCUCAUGCCAUCCCAGAUGUGUAUGACUUUCUUUCUGCUGCAGAACACAAACAAAGAUUGUUAGAAGAAUAUCUCAGCUCUGUAGGUCCAUACAAUGCAAGUGAAUGGUGAUCAGGCCUUUGAAGCUUCAAAAAGUAGA